AUGGAGGAGCAAGGAACACGAGGAAAGGAGAAGGACCCGGAUUGGAGGCCGGCUCCGGGGGAGGCGGCCGGCACGAGUGGAGGAUCGGGUGAUGAGGGUUGGGGAGGGAGAGGAGGGGGCCAGGCUGGUGGCAGUGGCGCGCGUGGCAGCGGUGCAGCAGCAAAGAGGCCACGCACGAGUGGGCCUGUGGGGUCGGGAGCUGGAGGGGCCGGGCCGGCGUCGAAUUCGCAGCCGCAGGGGGCAGCCGCGGGUGGUUCUGAGGGGUCGGGUGCAGCAGGGGCAUGUACCUCCGCCGCUGCGGCAGGUGGUGCACCUUUGGGUGGGUCUGUGGGGGCUGGAGCAAGCCAGAGGUCCGACAGGGCGGGCAGGACCCCUACCGACGAAGAGCUGGACCCAUGGACUGAGAAGGUGCUUAGGAAUGCAGAACCCGGGCUGGUUCGUGGCAUGUUCAGUGAGAAGGAUGUGAAAGAGGCUAGGAAUUGCAAGAUUUGCAAGAAGAAGAUUAGCUGGAAAGGUAGUUGCACGAGCACGGGGAAGAGACACCUCAAGAGGAGCCACUACCCUAGUCUGCAGAUCUGGUGUCGGCGUUUCAAGGAUCCAAACAAGCUAGACAACCUGACGUUUCCCGAUGGGGGAUGGGGUCCGGAUGUCCCCGACCAGACAGCGUGGCCUUGGGAGCAUGCAGCCACGCGGCCCAGGAUUGUACAGACACCAGACAGCGCAGUGACUGGCGGAUCUGAGGGUGGUGGGAGUACGCAGAUGAGCAUGGCCGCAUUCGUCACGCCACGUGUUCAUGGCCAGCAGCUGCGCGAGGGAUUGGUGCAGCUAUUUGCGGCAGCUGACCUUCCGUUUCGACUUGUUGAGUGUCGUGAGUUCAAAGCAUUUGUCCAGAUGCUGAACCCGGGAGCUGCGCUACUGCUCGGCUCACGCCAUCGCUUGGCACGGGACAUGCAGGCAUACGGGGAGGCUGCUAGGGAGGACAUGCGGCAGCUACUGGUGGGUGAUGGCCUGGCGGGAAGGAUGUCCCUCACCUUUGACAUCUGGACUGGUGAGAACAACGUGGCCUUCAUGGGGGUGACUGCCCACUAUGUCACCAGCGAUUUCCAGCUGAAACAGGCUGGUAUAGACUUCAGGGAGCUUAAGGGCUCUCAUACGGGGGACUUGAUAGCCGAUGAGCUGGAGGAGGUGUUGAGGGAGUGGGGCUUGGAGAAGAUGUUGUUCGCCGUGACGUGUGACAACGCCGAGAACAACAGCAGGGCGAUGCGUCUGCUGGCCGGUGUACUUGACGCCAGGCCGGGCUCACGGCCCAGGCACCCACCACUGCUCAGUCGCUGGAGGUACUUCAGGGGCUUCGAGCUGCGCAUGCCCAUUGCCAUGUUUUUCGACGAUUCAUAUGUACGCAUGUCCCAUCAUCCCAUGCAUGUGCCACCAUCCCAUGCAUGUGCCAUCAUCCCAUGCAUGUCCCAUCAUCCCAUGCAUGUGCCACCAUCCCAUGCAUGUGCCACCAUCCCAUGCUAG